AUGACAACUUCAUCCAAGCGAAGCAAAAGAGCUGAACCAACAACAUCAGCUGAGCCCAUAGAGUUCAACAAGGAUCAGUACUCCAUUCUCAUGGAGAUCAAAGAUCAAUACGAACUAAAGGCGCCAGCUGAAAUGAAAGCGCCCUACAGAAACAGGGAUAAAAGCAAGUACUGUCAUUUCCACAAGGAUUGUGGUCACGAGACAAACGAAUGCAAGCAUCUGAAAAGAGCUUUACAAGACUUGGCUCACAAGGGUAAGAUGAAUUCCUAUCUACCUCAAGCGAGUAGAAAAUUCCAGAAGAUCAAGGAUAAUCGUCAAGGCCGAAGAAAGGAAGAUGAAAGCACUGACGAAGAUGUAGUGCAAAAGAUAUCUGGAGGCUUCGCAACAGGGGGUCCUACCAAUCGCGGCCAUAAAAACUACUUACGGGAACUCAGCCUGAUAAUGCUUACUAAUCAGGCAGAAUUUGACCCUUUUCCUAAGAUUGUUGUCAGCGAGCUGGAUCGCGGGAAGAUAAGAACUCCCCAUGACGACCCGUUGGUGGUAGAGAUGAAAAUAGCAAAUCUCAAGGUGAGACGGAUUUUGAUUGAUAUAGGCAGUUCUACCGAUAUCAUCAGUACGGAUUCUCUGUCAAGGUUGAAGUUUAACGAAAAUAACCUGGUUCUAGUCAACCAUCCCAUCAUUGGAUUUGGAGGAGGAAUCAAUUACCCAAUGGGAACUGUCACCUUACCCGUCAGGGUAGGGGACAAGGAGGCCUCCAGGACGCUCUUUGUUAAGUUCUUGGUGAUUCCUAUAUGGCCAGAGGAUCAAGACAAGACCUCGUUUGUCACUGAAAAAGAUCUCUAUGGCUGGCUGAGGAUGCCUUUCGACCUCUGA